AUGACUCCGCGCUCUGCCUCUAGCGUGUUUGCACCCUGCCACCUAUUGCUCUCUCUCGUCACCACCAUCUUCGCUGCCACCAUGGCGGUGCUCUCCAAGUCGCUCGGUACGCUCACCGCGGGUGCACUGAUGCUCGUCGCACUCGCCUCGCCCCGCAGCCAGCGCAUGCGCUUCUACCUCAACUCGCUCAUCUACAUCGCCGGCUUGGGCAUCUGCAGCUUCUGGGGCAUUGUAGUGUCGAUCGUCAUGUCCCUCAUCCCGGGACAGAGGCUCAACAUCAACCGCGUCGUGGCGAGGUCCUUCUGGCGUCUCGUCAGCCCGCUCGUGGGAGUACGGUUCAUCGUCGAGGGCGAAGAGCAUUUCGACCAAGCUAGACCCGCGGUUGUGGUGGGCAACCACCAAACUGCCAUGGACAUCUUGUACUUGGGCCGGAUCUUCCCCGGGCAUGCAUCGAUUAUGGCCAAGAAGGAGCUGCAGUUCGCACCGCUGUUGGGCCAGUUCAUGACGCUGUCUGGCGCGGUGUUUAUCAACCGCAAGAACCUCAAGGACAGCAUCAAGGCGUUCAAGCAGGUGGGCGACACCAUGAACAAGAACAACCUCAGCUUGUGGAUUUUCCCCGAAGGCACCCGAUCUGGCCUCGCCACCCCGGACCUUUUGCCGUUUAAAAAGGGCGCCUUUCACCUGGCUAUUCAGGCGGGCGUGCCGGUGGUGCCCGUGGUGUGCGAGAACUACAACCGGAUCUUCGACUCCAAGUCGCGCUUCGAAAGCGGCACGAUUAGGAUCAAGGUGCUCGCUCCCAUCCCCACCUCGCACCUCACGGCCCAGGAUGCAGGCGAGCUCACCGAGACGGUGCGCGAAAAGAUGCUCGCCGCACUCCGGGAGAUGGACGAGCAGCGCCAGCGGAACGACCUCAACCCGGCCGACGACUACGACUCCAAGCCGCAUGGCGUCGUGGGAUUCCUCGCUCGAUUCGUAGGCUCUUCGCACGGAUUCCAAAAGAUCAACGCCCGCGUGGAUCGCACCGAGCAAAAGCUGCGUCAAAAAGGUGACGGCUCCCAAGCUGGCGACUACAACCUCGUUUCGGAAGCGCAAAAGUCCAAGUAG